AUGAAUAGAAAGAAAAAUACAACAUCAGUUCCUACAUUGCCUUAGAGUAAAAUAAAUCAAUCAUUAUUGGUCCCUCCUCCAUAAAUAAUGAGUCCAAAUUAAUCAUAUUCAACGUAUAUUCCACCUGAACCUAAAUUCGAUCCAAACGAUUAUAUAACAGGAUCGACAACUAAGAGAGACAUCAUUUUGUAUAAGGAAAUAUUUGAUUUUUUGGAUUCAAACAACAAUGGAGUUAUUUAACCUAUGGAUUUGAGAAAGGCAUUUGCAAGUGCCGGCAAAUAUUAACCAAAAAAAUAAAUUAUUUAUCAAAUGAUUGCUGACUUCGAUCAAGAUCAAAGUGGUAUAAUUGAAUUUAGAGAGUUUGUGAGAAUGAUGUCGAUGCAUCCAGGAGAAAAGGAUACAGAUGAAGAUUUUGAAAAUAUCUUUUAUCAAUUCGAUUUAGAUUACAAAGGUUAUAUAACAAUUGAUGAUCUCAGAGAGAUGGCAUCAGAAUGUAACGAGAAUCUAAAAGAUGAAGACUUAGAAAACAUAAUCAAAGCUUGUGAUCCAGAAGGAAAUGGCACUAUUAGAAAAUAAGGAUUUAUUAGGUAUAUGAAAAGUCUACAAAAGAAAAAUUGA